GACACCCCCGCCCCACCAAUUUCACCUUACCAUUUCGGAGCGGAAACCCUCGUCUUCUCCCCGGCGGCGCGCAGUCGUCGGAAUGAAAGCCGCCGCCCAAUCCCAUGCCCCCCCUGUCCGUCGUCCUCCCUCCCGUCGGGCGAAGCAGCCAAGCACCACCUCUCCCCACGAGGGGGACGAAGGCGGAGGAGGAGCCGAUAAUAGGAGAAGACCAUCUCGGCGUGGCGGUACGACGAAGCGAGGAAGAGGGCGGCCUCAUCUUCUGCGGCCUUGCUCCCCCCAGCCGCCCCCCAAUUGGGGGGCGACGCGCGCACGCACAGGGGCGGCAGCAGCAGCGGCAACGCUCACUAGCAGCAGCAGCCAAGAUUUGUCAUCAAAUUCCGCUCAGAUCCAGAUCGUCUCCCCUCGGGGAUGUGACGAUGAUUCGAAUCCAAGAACAAGAUCACUUUUUUGCCCCUCAACCUGCGCUCAGAUCCAGAUCGUCUCCCCUCGGGGAUGUGACGAUGAUUCGAAUCCAAGAACAAGAUCACUUUUUUGCCCCUCAACCUGCGCUCAGAUCCAGAUCGUCCCCUCUCGGGGAUGUGAUGAUGAUUCGAAGCCAAGGAACAAACAUCUGCUGCGCCCUAUACUCUCCAUCCAGAACCGAGGACUGCGCCCUUGUCGUUCCAUCCAGCCGCUCCCAAAUUAUUAUUGUUGGGGGGCAAAACGCUCGCGGACAAACAACAACAACAACUGGAGGGACUGGUCCAAUCUAGGCGAUGGGCCGGCAGGACUAAUCGCCGAGCGCGUCCUCGCAUAUGACGUCGCCGAUUAUCUCCGCUUCCGUGCCGUCUGCCGCCCAUGGAGGCAGUGUUGCACAGAACCGCGCACCCACAGCGGGCUCGACCGCCGGUUCCAUCCCUGGCGGUGGGUCCCGCUCCGCGAACCACUCGCUGCUCCCAACCGCCGUUGCUUCCUAAACUCCUCCACCGGUGAGUGCAUCCAACUGGACCUCCCGGAACUCCUUGACCAUGAGCUGCUCGCCGUCACCCCUGAGGGCCUCCUAGUUCUGCUUUACGACCACAACCACGUCCGCCUGCUCAACCCGCUCACUCGUCACCUCACAGAGCUACCGCCGCUCACCACGCUGCUUCCCUCUAAAGACCAUGACAUGCUUUCCCAUUUCGACAUAGGCAACUUCAUAGCGACUGGCUCUGGCAUUGCUAGUGAUGACUCAACAGUGGUGCUCUGUUUCAAUAAGCUCCACACGCUUGGCAUGGCCAAGCCCGGCGACGACCACUGGAUGUUGCUGGAAUACAGAACUGAUGGGCUUACAAGAAGGCCGUUAAUGUUUGCAGGAUGCUUCUACCACGUUAACGUUGAUGGUGUCAUGGUGCUGCAAUUCCGUCCAAACAAGCCACCUCGCCUGGAGGUGACUGCCAAGUUGAAGAUGCAUGUCUCCCCAAUUUCGGAAAGUAUGCACCUCUUCAACAAUUGUGGUGAGCUGAUGGUCAUCCGCCGUGGGAUUGUACCAUUCACGUCGCGGAAUAAUUCGGGUUUUCACCAUCGGUACAACAUGUAUCGAGUGAAUUUGGAUACCGGCACACUAUCCCGUGUCAAGAGCUUGGGUGGUGGCGCAGGAAGAGCUUUGUUCUUGGGCAUUUAUUGCUUUUUCUCGGUGUCUCCAGAGGUUUUCCCCUCUGGCUCCAUUAGCGCUGACACCAUCUACCCGAGCUUUGACUUUGCCGAGAGAAGAUUGUUAAAAAUUGGAGCAUAUCAUCUUCCGUAUGGACGCAUCGAACAACCAUCUAGCUUGGUGCAGCGGCCAUAUACUCUCGUUGACUAUCUAUCUUUGUCCAAUACGGUCGAUCAUGGGUAGUUUGUCCCAUCUCUUUGAUAAUUUAGCAUGCAUGGUUAUGCAGUAUGCACUCUUUGUCCCAUUUCGGAGCUGGUAGUAGUAUUUGAGUGUUCGUAUGUAGCUAGAGAGUUAUGUAUGAGUGACUGGUCCAGAUUAAUUUCCAUACGCUGAAUCAACAGUCACAUGCUGUGCUAAAAAUCUGAGUGACUGGAGAAAAUAAUAAACUAUGCUGCUACUCUUUUUUGUUUUUAUACGCAACAAGGUGCAUUUGCAAUUUUAGUUUCUCCACCUGGGCUGCUAUGUACUAAGGAAGUAAAUAUUGAGUUCACAGUUCUGCAUAA